AUGGUUUUGGUUUUUUCUUACAUUUUUUAUUUAUAUUAUUAUUUUGAUUGGCCAACGAAAUGUUUUCUCUUUGCAGUGAGCACGGCCCGAAAAUACAAUUUGCGUGGUCAGGAUGCAGCCACGCCCAGUACCUCCAAGCAAGUGUCCAAAAGUAAGGAGUCGACGUUAGUACGGUUGGCAAAAAGUGAGAAUGAGGAGCCCACAACAGCUGCACAUCAGCCUCAAUCAAACAACAACACGAACUCUAAUAGCAAUGGCAAAAAACCGUUGGUUAACAACACAGACGCUCUAAUAGCGCUGCAGCAAUUGGCAUCCAUAUCGACGGCUCGCUCACUGCAGCAUCUAGUGCCGCAUUUGCCACAGAAUUUACACAUUGACACCAGCACCCUUUUGGCUGGACGCAAGCUGCCACGUCAGAGCUCCAAGCGCACGCCACAAUAUGAAUCCAAUCGUUGUCCACUCUGCGCCCGCGUCUAUCGCUCCCAGGCCUUCCUCAACGAGCAUAUGCGCAAAGAGCAUUCGGUUUUGAUUUAAACAAUUUCGCGAGAUUUCAAUAUAUUGAAGAUUUAGUAGGCAGUUGACACUUGUUGCCCCUUGCUAGCAUACAUGUAUUCUUUUUCUGAUAGUUUCCAAUAUUUUACAUUCUUAUAACUUUUUUUUUUCAUUU